UGGGGUUGGGUCCAGCUGGGGUGAAUGAAUGUUACAGGUGGGAACAGAAUAGGAGGUCAUGGGCUGCCGAGUUCUCACAAGUGACUCUUGUGUUUGUCUAGGCGACUCGCAGGCAUUUCCGUCGGGGACCUCCCAACCUGCAGAUCAGAGCCCCCAAUAAAGACUCAGAAGAAAGGAGGCUGGAUGACUCCCAGAGGCAGGAAGUGGUGGCGGACUCCACUCAGCAGGAAGAGCACCCCCAGAGAACCCUCGUCAGGCCCCCCAAAUGAGCGCCAGAAGGCCGUGGUAGAUGCCUUCCGCCACGCCUGGGCCGGGUACCGCAAGUUCGCCUGGGGCCAUGAUGAACUGAAGCCUGUGUCCAGGUCCUUCAGCGAGUGGUUCGGCCUCGGCCUCACGCUCAUCGACUCCCUGGACACCAUGUGGAUUUUGGGUCUGAAGAAAGAGUUUGGAGAGGCUAGGCGUUGGGUGUCCAAGAAGUUACGGUUUGAGAAAGAUGUGGACGUCAACCUGUUUGAGAGCACGAUCCGGAUCCUGGGGGGCCUUCUGAGCGCCUACCACCUGUCUGGGGACGCACUCUUCCUACAGAGAGCCGAGGACUUUGGGAAUCGGCUGAUGCCUGCGUUCCAGACGCCCUCCAAAAUCCCAUACUCAGACGUCAACAUUGGCACUGGCGUGGCCCACCCACCCCGGUGGACAUCUGACAGCACGGUGGCCGAGGUGACAAGCAUUCAGCUGGAGUUCCGAGAGCUCUCUCGUCUCACGGGCGUUAGGAAAUUUCAGGAGGCUGCGGAGGAGGUGACGAGGCGUGUCCACUCCCUGUCUGGGAAGAAGGACGGGCUGGUGCCCAUGUUCAUCAACACACACAGCGGCCUCUUCACCCACCUGGGCGUGUUCACCUUGGGCGCCCGGGCCGACAGCUACUAUGAGUACCUGCUGAAGCAGUGGAUCCAGGGCGGGAAGAAGGACACGCAGUUACUUGAAGACUACCUCGAAGCCGUGGAGGGAAUCCGAAAGCACCUGCUACGCAAAUCUGAACCCAGCAAGCUCACCUUUGUGGGGGAGCUCACCCAUGGCCGCUUCAGCGCCAAGAUGGACCACUUGGUGUGCUUCCUGCCAGGGACGCUAGCUCUGGGUGCCCACCACGGCCUGCCUGCCAAUCACAUGGAGCUGGCACGGGCGCUCAUGGACACCUGCUACCAGAUGAACAGGCAGAUGGAGACGGGGCUGAGCCCCGAGAUUGUGCACUUCAACCUGCACCCGCAGAAGGCCCAGAAGGACGUGCAGGUCAAGCCAGCCGACAGGCACAACCUGCUGCGGCCUGAGACGGCGGAGAGCCUAUUCUACCUGUACCGCCUGACUGGGGACCGCAAGUACCAGGACUGGGGCUGGGCCCUCUUGCAAAGCUUCAACACCUACACGCGGGUCCCCUCGGGCGGCUACUCUUCCAUCAGCAAUGUCCAGGACCCCCACAACCCCCAGCCCAGGGACAAGAUGGAGAGCUUCUUCCUGGGGGAGACACUCAAGUACCUGUACCUGCUCUUCUCUGACGACACGGACCUGCUGAGCCUGGACGCCUACGUGUUCAACACUGAAGCUCACCCGCUGCCCAUUUGGGCCCCUGCCUAGGAGUGGGCGCUGCCUGGGGCCUGUCGUGCCCCGUCCCGUCAGCAGGACCCUGGCCCUGGCUAGGUCUGCCCUCCUUGACCUUGGCUGUGCAGUGUCCGCCAAACUGGCUGGAUGUGCUCCAGACUGGUGACAGGCCAGCGGACAGCUGGGCCAGGAUGUCUUGGGGCUCGUGAGCUGCUGGGGCGGCCGCUGGCCCUGGGCUCUUUGUCUGUGGUUCCCAUGGGGACAUCGUUAGGGACAAGGAGGAGGAAACCAGCGCUGUGGUCCAGCCUUCCUCCUCCCUGAGAAAACUCAAAUCGUGACCUACAUUCCUGAAACCUGGACAUCCUCCUGUCAGCCAGGGCUUCCUGGGGGCCCCGGGGACAUUGGGGUGCAGCUCGCCUCAGGGUCGUGGCCUGUGAAUGUGUGCUGACCUGAGGCCUGGGGGCGUCUGUGGACACCCCUGACCCGAGGUCAUGGGGAUCCGAGCUCCUGGCUGUGUGUUUACGUGUUGGACUCAGGGACCCUCCCUGCCCUGCCAGGGCUGGGAGGGGCGAGGGGUGGCUGGCGAGUUCACCCCGCUCCCAGGCCACCCGGACAGAGUGGACUUUUCAGUCGGGAUAAAAGGAGAUUUGCUCUGA